CAUAACAGUAAAGGGGGCGCCACCGUCAUCAAAACACCUCCCAAACAUGGCGCAUGUCAUGUUUCGGCCACGGAGCUCCAGGGGUGCCCGAUCAUUGAGAAAGCGUCAUGACAGCGAAGAGGACACCGUUCACUUGGAUUUAACUAAAGGAGUCGCUGACAACCUGAGGGAAAUCCUCAUUUACUUGGUACGCAAAGAUGGAGUGAGCAAAAAUAGAAAACUUGCCUACUUGAACUGUUUAGUGAAACUCAGUUCGAAGAUCACGUCGCAUACAGAUCUUGGGUUCACACUCGAAGAGGUUUUUUGUUGCCUCCGCAUUCUACUCAUCCACGAGGCCUGCGAAGUCCGCGCAGGAUGCCUGCGAGCCCUCCGCCACCUGGUGAAGGACGAACCGGCUGCACGUGCGCUCAUCGCCGUGCACGUCCCCAUUCUCGUCGCGCGUUCCCUCGACGUCGCCCUGGAAGGUCGCACGGAACGUCUCCAGGCCCUGCGCCUUGUUCGACGUCUCGUAGUGGCUUCUCCGCAGUCGGUGCCUCCGCAGCUCGUGCGCUCGCUCGUCGCCAUCGCCGCGGAUGGAGCCCGAGAGAGGGACGUGCUUGUGCGGGCGUGCCUCGGGACGCUCUGCGAGCUGGCGCUGCUCAACCCGAAGCUCUGCUGCGAGACCGGAGGCUUCGGCACGCUCAUCAGGGCUGUUCUGGACUGCCCGCAGCCUCAUAUUGCGGAGGCGAUUCUCAGUGUCGUAUUCCACACCAUUAACGAUCCUUCUACGAGGCACCUGCUCAAGCUGGACGUUGAAUUGGAGUUUCUGGUAGCACCAUUCACAGACAGCCACUUUCGUUUUGUUGAAGAAUUGCCCGAGAACUCCAUGUCAGAUGACAGAGAGCUAAGGUUUCAAACAAGUCGUGUCGCCAUAACAACAAUAUUACGGUCUUGGCCAGGCAUGAUUUAUUUCUGCAAACCUCCUCCUUCGGGUCUACAGUCACUCAUUGAGAUACUUCACCUGCCGUACCCAGAAGUUAGAAACAAUAUCCUGGCAGUUUUCUACGACGCGUUUUGUUUGACAAUUCCCGAGACCACGAGUGACUUUGAUGAGGCCGUUCGAUCAUCAGAUCGUUCUGCCAUGCAGGAGUCGUGGCAACUUUAUCAAGGGUUUGUUGCUGCGGAAGGAAAGGACCUUUUACCACCAGUAGCAAAGCAUAGGUCGAAUCUAGUUUGGAAUUAUCUAGCUCUACUACUUCUAGCAUUUAUACAGGCUGGUAUAUUAGAGGCACUAGUUGAAGUAAUCGUUUCCAGUGACGACGCAACGCUGGCAACCAUCUUGCUCGCCGAGCUGUUGCACAUGGCCAAUAUUUUUCUUCCCGCAGAUUCGAGCCAUCACUGUCAUUGUCUUCCAAGUCUGAUGCUGAGGGCUGCUUCAGAUGCCUAUCCCGCGGAGGAGAGAAUUCGCGCGAGCACUGCAGUCAUCCGGUUAUCCAAGAUCCAUGCCCGGAAAAAGAAGGGGAUUGUCCCGUGCAGCCUUUUCCUCGACCAGCUGCUUCAGUCCUGCAAUGUCACGAAACAUGGGCGGCGAUUCUUCAGCGAUUGCGUUGGAAAGACCAAGUUGCUCAGCUGUAUGAGGAAGGAUGCAGACGACACUGUUAUCCACUCAAUCAAGGACACACAAGUUCUCACCGAAGAUUAUUCAUCCUGGGAUUGGGAGCUGAUCAGUUCCAUACUCAAGUGGCCUGGGGAAUCGCUGAAGUCUCUCAGCGACUCCGUGCAGCGAUCGUUCAUCAAACGACUGCUGUUUUUCUUCAAGCCGAGCAACAAACAGUUUAGUCACACAGAAUCGCAGAGACCACGCUCCCACCAUAUGGUGGUUGUGGGUUGCCAUUUCUUUGAGUUCCUACUUGAGGCUGAGGAGAGCAAAGUCAACGAUUACAUAGAAGAUUUCCUCAUCGAUCUCUGUAACUGCUUGCACGAGGUUGAAGGGGAAGCAGUUAGCCUGUCGACCACAUUAAGCCCUUCAAGGAUGACAUCUACCGUUGCACAGACCUACUUCCUGUUCCUGGGACGCAUGUCCAGCUCCAGCAAAGGGGUCCGCUACCUCGAAAAGCUCGGAGUGUACCAACACUUGGUCAGCCUGGUCAGUAUGACCUCUCAGGACGUCUACAUGAAGCUAGUAGUUUCUAGUCUCGACUACUCUAAGUCGGGCUUUGCCAGGACGCUUUUCACCAAAGUUCUCACAGCCUCUUCAGAGACAUCUCGUCUGUAUGCUACAAAUUAUUUGCGGUUGCUCCUGCGAGCUGGUCUCCUGGACUUUCGCAAGUGGGCUGUGGAGCUCUUGGUGAACCAGCUGCAGGACAGGAGCAGGGCUGUGUUUUUGGCAGCCUCUGAAAUCUUGGACGAAGCCUGUGAUGUGCCGGCAAACCUUGAGGCUCUGAUUGCUCUGCGGCCUUCGUUGCUGUCCCUCGGAGACAGCGGGCUUCUACUGCAACUACGAUUUGCGUCUCUACCGUCUGGAUUUAAGUAUCUGCAGGAAGCAAAUGUCUUGGAGGAUAUGCUGUCCAAGUGGGAUAAGGUCACCUACUUAAAGUAUGUUAUGAUCGUCGAAGAUGAUAUCAACCAAGCAGUGACGAGGCAUCAACGUGGUGAGGAUGGCACGUACGGCAGGCGCAGCAGUAACACAAGGCACAAAGUGCAGGACGUUUUUACGCCAACUCACUUGUACGGUCAACUGGCGCAGCAUAAUGGAGGCCUGCAGUUUUUGCUGCAGCACGGAAACCUGUCGACACAUUGGGACACUGUGCGAGCUGCAGCCAUGGACACAGUUGAGUCGAUCCUUCAACUCAAAGCAGCUCUUUGGACACUGGGCAAUGUAGCAACUUCGUCAUCUGGAUUCGCCCUCCUGAUGGAAGCGGACGUCAUCAGUGUCAUUGCGGAGCUUGCCCAGGAGGCACCCGUGUAUUCUAUCAGAGGGACCUGCUUCUACGUGCUCUGUCUAAUGGCCACGACUCCCGGCGCAUCAUCAGUCCUCAGCAGCUUGGGCUGGGAGAGCGUCCAGCAUCCGCACGGUGAACAGUGGCCAAUCGCGACCUUCAACGAGGAGCCGGCCACACCUCCGCUCCCACCUCACAGACCUCACGCCUGGUCCAUCAGCAGCGUGGGGAGCCACAUGAGUGAAGUGCUCUCUGCAAACGCGCUUCACCGCCGCUUCCACGGAUCAAUCGCGUCCUCCCUCAACGACGAACACUGCCUUCCCUCUCGGGGGAGCUCCGGAAACCUCGCUGACAACUUGGCCAGACGGACGAUGCAUUUCGUCGCUCAGCAGCACGGGGAAUCCCCGCACUUUCGUUACGCGCAGACCCUUCCGCGGAACGUGACCCUGUCCCCGAGACACGACCCGGUCGUCUCGUCCCGUCGCCCCCGCUCGUCGUCGGACUGCCGCGAGCAGAGAGACGACGUGGCAUGCGCUCCGGAGCCGUCGGUGCAGCCACCAAUGACGGGACUCUCCGUGCCGGACGUCACCAAAGACGGCGCCAGUUCUUUCGGAGGCAGCAAGGACUCCGGGACGGACGCUUCGCUCGGGGACAAGAGCCCGAGCAACUUGGAAGUGUGGGGCGGCGGGACGAAGGGCGAGAGGAGCGACAGCAACGAGAGCGCCCACACGGCGGGCACGAGCAGCAAGAGCCGAUCCGACAGCUGCACGGAUUCGACGACGAGCGGAGUCAGUUCGUGCGAAGAAGUUCCUCGUGCAGCGCAGACGCUCAGUCCCAUUGCCAGUUCCACGUCCCUGAGCACGUUGGAAGGCAGGACGAGGCAGGAGGUCACGCCCGCGGUUCCAGCCCGCAGGCCGAGCGCGUUCCCUGCGGGGGCCGUGAGGUCGGUGAACAGGUUGUCGACGGGGUCAAGUCCAAUGUCGCCGGAGUCCCCGUACACGACGGCUAGGGACGCAGCGGGUUAUGCGACGCUGCGCUCGCUCAGGGCGGCGUCGGCUCAGCGACGGAGGAGGGUCUGCUCUCUCGGAGGCGGGGCAGACGUUGACGUUGCUUUGGGGACUGAUGUGCCUUUCACCAGCCAAAGUCUCGACCAUGGGAAGUUUUUCCUGGGUGAUGACCCGUUGGUCGAAGUCUCUUCGGAAUGGCGCUGUUCUUCUGUGGCAAGUGGUGGAUCUCACUCUAGUGGUAAAUCUUGCGACGGAGAACAAGAGGUCAAAUAUAUGGGACUCUGUCUGCCAGUUGACACCAGGCUUAUCUUCACUGUGCAGGAGGCAUACAGACCAAGACCUGCGGAAGUUGUCUGCCCAGCUGGGGAAACAAGUACCACUGUUGCCAGCACUGAGGAGAGAACUGAUGGGCUUGAGCUGCAUACACCCGAGAGCUGCCUUUUGUGCCAUCGUGUGGCUCCUCCCAACCACACUCGAACGAGCGGAACUUUAGGAGAUGGUGGUGUGGCCACAGCUUCUGGUCUCAACACAGCCCUGCGAAGACUGUCCCCCGACAGCCCCGUUCCUUCCGAUUCCCAAGCGGCACCCUCACCUUAUUCUUUAUGGUGCAGGAGACAAAGCGAAGGCGACUACGACGUCGUAGCCGUGCGGAAGGAAAUGUUGAAGUACAUCACAAACCUGAGUAGCUCCGUAGUCAUUAAAGGUUCAGAGCAAGCACUUUUGAGCCUGAAGCAGAAAUACCCGGCCGCCUUCAGGGACAUGUGCCUCUACUCAGAGAUGUGUCUCCUGAUGGCACAUUAUAGGUUCAGGUUAUCUUCGCGUACUUUCAUUCAGGAGCUUUUUUUAGACUUGGAUUUUGAACAGUUCAACGAAGAAGCUGAAAGAAUUCUGAGGAUACCACAUGUUAUUGUUAUGCCUCCUGCAGAAGAGUCGGAGGCCUAACUUUGCUUACGUCCCCACUGUGCCUACUAGUCGAUGCCUUGCGAAGAUGUGUGUGUGUGUGUGUGUCGCAGGGACAGGAAACGAACAUUCCGUAACAUUUUACGGACAAACUCCCCAGAGUGUUUCUGUGCCGUAAACAGACACUACGAUGUUGCGUUAACUUGCACAGCGUUUGCAGACACGCUUGUACAUAUGUAUGUUGAGGACAGUUCCGCUAAAAAUGCGGUUUCGUAGCUAGAGGUGUUAUGGAAACACUUGUUUUUUUUUCUCUUCUGCAGUCAGCUUUUUAUGUGAAACUGCAACGUUGGGAGCAGCAAAAUCCUGCUUGGGAAAAGUUACUGUUUUUAACAUUGAAGUAGAGGGGAUCGGGAAAAAAUACAGUGCCGUGAGGAGUGCCCCCGGCCUCCAGUUUAACUUCCAAGGCUGUGCGAUUAGGAGGCCUCAAGCUGUGGAUGAAAUGCAGAGACUUGUCGCUUUAUGGUGUCGGUACACUUUUUGAUGAUAAUUGUGGCAUCCACCUCAGGUAAAUGAGGUAAUCUCUGGAAGUUUGAAGAACACAAUAUUUUUUGGAAGGUCAUUUGGGUGAGCACCCAUGCGGGAUAUUACGGUCACACAAAUGCCGUAAUUUUGGGGAUGUCGUGGGGGGCACGUUUUAGAGUCCCCCUUUGUGUAAAGUAGGAAAACCUUGUUGGCCUUCCAGUUCCUGCACAGACUAUUUGAAAAUGCAAACCAUGAAAUGUUGUUUGUGUACAUAAUAUAUGCAUGUUCACACUGCCAUGAUGAACAAAAACAGAACUGCUGUACAGGAUUAUUUCCAGUGUUGUGCAUGUUUAGUUAGAGCUGUAGAUUUGGUGCCCAGCAAGUUUGUGUGAAUUUUUGGACCUUAAAUACAGCAAUUCCUAUAUUUUGCAACACUCAAAUGCAAUUUAGAAUCUAUGCAAAAUAUCGUGGUGGAGCAAUAGGCGUUUUUUUUUUUUUUUUUUGCUACGGGUUGCAACCGACGUAGUUUGUCACAUAUUUUUAUUACCUCCAGACUUUAAACUAUUUGUAAAUAUAGGACUUCCAUUUUUGUUACAAGUUCAGUGCGGAUUGUGUCUCGUAAAUCUUUUCCUUCCAGGUUUUUAGAUUGCGGAGUCUCAGAUUUCACGAGUGUUUUAUGAACUCUAUACAAAUCUUCCAACGGUGUUGUUACCUUGACUGUGUAAAAAGAAGGCAAUUCAUUAAAAGCUAUGUUUUCUGUGGAUUGAAACACAAGCUUUGA